AUGAAGCUGGCUGGUGCCACGCUGGCCCUUGGCCUCUUAUCUGCACCAGGCGUCUCUGCCUGGGGAAGUCUGGGCCAUAUCACGACCGCCUACCUCGCGAGCCACUUUGUCUCCAACACCACCGAGGCAGUCUUCAAGGAGCUGCUCAAGAACGACAACACCGAUUAUCUAGCCUCGGUAGCGAGCUGGGCCGACUCGGUCCGAUACACUAAAUGGGGACGAUUCACCAAGACGUUCCAUUUCAUUGAUGCCCACGACGACCCGCCCAGAAGCUGUAAUGUGGACUUUGAGCGUGAUUGCAAGGAAACAGGAUGUGUGAUCAAUGCGCUGGCCAAUUACACCGAGCAGGUGGUUGACACCGCGCUUCCAGAGUGGCAGCGCGCGCAGGCUGCCAAAUUUGUGAUCCAUUUCGUCGGUGACCUCCACCAGCCUCUCCAUAACGAGGACGUUGCUCUGGGAGGGAACCGUAUCCACGUGCUGUGGGAUGGCCGUGGAUACAACUUGCAUCAUGUCUGGGACAGCUCCAUUGCUGAGAAAUGGAUCGGCGGAUUGCACGGCAAGCCUUACGACCUUGCUCUGAAGUGGGCAAAUCAGCUCGCGGUUGAAAUAACUGAUGGCAAGUUCACCCCGGAAAAGGAGGGUUGGUUAAAGGAUUUGGACUAUAAGGACCCCAUCUCCACUGCCAUGGCCUGGUCAAGGGAGUGCAAUGCCCUCGUGUGCACGCAUGUCUUCCCCGAGGGACCCAAGGCUAUUGUUGGCCAGGAGCUGGGCGGUGACUAUUUCAAAGCGGCCGGUCCCGUGAUUGAGAAACAGGUCGCCCGCGCUGGCUAUCGAAUGGGCGCAUGGCUUGACCGGAUUGCCAAUGAUUAUCUUGCUAAGCGACAGGAGUACACUGAGCUGGAACUUUAG